AUGUACCACGCCUCGACGAACAAUGUACCAGGCUUACGAGACUUGCUCGACUCUGGAAAGGCGUCUGUCAGUGAUCGUACUAGUGCAGGGUGGACGCCGUUGCAUCUAUCCGCCGCCGCGGGGCAUGUUGACUGCUGCAAGUAUCUUUUAGCCCAUGGUGCAGACGUCACAAGCGCCGGCCACGUCGGAGUCACUCCGCUACACCGCGCAGCCGUCUAUGGCCACCUAGAUGUUAUCAAGGCACUGGUGGAAAACGAGGGCGACCCCAAGGCCAGGAAUCAGCACGGCUUCAACACCAUCUUUGGGGUGCUGCACUCACCCUUUAUCAGAGAUCCUGCUUUCAAGGCCGCCAUAAUUACCUGGAUUCUCCAACAAGAACAGUUUUUGUCGAUGUUGACGGCCAGGACUAUCAGGGAAACUCGAUUCUGGGGUGGUUUACUGAGCAUCACCCAAAUGGUGUGA